UACUCUCUCUUAUCUCUCUCUCUCUCUCUCUCUACGCGCCCUAAUAAACGACGAAGCCGACGCAGUGGACACCUCUCUCUCUCUCUCUCUCUCUCUCUCUCUCUCUCUCUCAAUUUGAUCUCAAUUUGAUCGAAUCGCCUCCACCAUCUCCUAAUUUGAUCUCACGCCGCCGCAGUUUGAUUCAAAUUGACCAUCGAGAGAUCAGAAGUUAUAAGCUCGCAAUCUGGGUCGAUUGUUCGUAGUUUGAUUCCCAUCGAUAGCUUAAGAUUUAUUGCACCGUUGCCUUCUGAAAUGUCAGCCCGUUACCGAUCGAAGAGUCUAGAUGGGCUCCUUGCGCAUGAGUAUGUGAGGAAAGAGAGGAGGUCGGAUGUGGAGAAUUCGGAGGACGAGAGGCGGAGAUUGACGAUCGGGUCUCUCAAGAAGAAGGCGUUGAAUGCGUCGAGCCGGUUCACGCAUUCCCUCAAGAAGAGGGGGAAGAGGAAAGUGGAAUGCCGGACUUCUUCGGUCUCAAUCGAGGAUGUGAGGGAUGAGCAGGAGGAGCGUGCAGUGUACACCUUCCAACAAGAGGUCAUCUCGAGGAAUCUUUUGCCCGACAAGCAUAACGACUAUCAUAUGCUUCUUAGGUUUUUGAAGGCUAGGAAAUUCGACAUAGAUAAAGCUACUCUGAUGUGGGCUGAAAUGUUGCAAUGGAGAAAAGAAUUUGGAGCCGACACUAUAUUAGAGGACUUCAAGUUCGACGAGUUGGAGGAAGUGUUGCGCUACUAUCCCCAGGGUUACCAUGGAGUCGACAAAGAGGGAAGACCCAUAUACAUAGAAAAGCUCGGGAAAGUCGAACCCAAUAAACUUAUGCACAUCACGACAGUGGAUCGCUACAUAAAGUAUCACGUGCAGGAGUUCGAGAGAGCCCUACGCGAUAGGUUUCCCGCGUGUUCAGUCGCCGCAAAGAGACACAUCGAUUCAACAACCACUAUUUUGGAUGUGGAUGGUGUGGGUCUGAAGAACUUCAGCAGAACAGCUAGAGAAUUGUUGCUCAAAAUGCAGAAAAUAGAUAGUGACUACUAUCCCGAGACUUUGCAUCAAAUGUUUAUCGUUAAUGCUGGCAAUGGUUUCAAGCUACUCUGGAACACUGUAAAAGGUUUUCUUGACCCAAAGACAACAGCAAAGAUACAUGUCCUGGGAACAAAAUUUCAGAAUAGACUGCUUGAGUCCGUCGACUCAAGCCAACUUCCGGAUUUCUUGGGUGGCUCAUGCACGUGUGCCGCAGACGGAGGAUGUCUCAGGUCCAAUAAGGGGCCAUGGAGUGAUCCUAAUAUCUUGAAGCUUGCGCAUAAUUCUGAAGCAAAACUCUUGAGGCAUACAAGACGUUUGUCGGAGAUAGAACAGCGAAGGGGCUCAUUCACUCGGUUCUUAAAGGGAAGAAGCAGUGAUACAUCAACAGUUGAAUCUGGUUCUGACAUUGAUGAUCUUGGUUCCCCUCUUGUUAGAAGGACAACUGAGUGUAUUCGUUUGGCUCCAGUUCGCGAAGAAAUACAGGUCAGAGCAAGAGAUUCUACGGCGUAUUAUAGUUGCGAUGACCAUUUUGUUGUGGUCGACAAGACUGUUGACUACGGUAGAAGAGGAUCGAGGGGGGAUAAAGACAAAUACCUUGAAAUCAGAGAGCAUCUGCGGCCUUCAGAAGGCAGCGGGGCAUCAAACUUGGCAGGUACUCGCAACAUUGAAAGUCGCAUUACAAUCAAGGAUGAUUCGAGGGAAGGAUUGUUCCGUUUUCUCGUAGAACUAUUAACUCUUUUCCUGGUCAGACUACUAGCCUACUUCUGCAUUCGGUGCUCGAUUAAACAAGAGCCGACUUUGUCCAACACUGAGCCACCCGAAUCACUCGAUCCAACUCCCGACGACCAUCCGACCGUCGAAACGUUCAAUGAAGACCGGCUGAGUCCUGUGCUCGAGCGUCUUCAACGGCUCGAGGUGAAGUUUGACGAGCUGAGCAGAAGACCUGCGGAGAUUCCUUCUGAGAAAGAGCGGGUGCUUCUCGAAUCUUGGGAAAGAAUAAAGUCCAUUGAGUUUGAUAUCGAGAAGACAAAAAAGGUGUUGCAGGCCACAGUGAUGAAGCAAAUGGAAAUCACAGAGUCACUAGAAGCGGUACAAAAUGCGAAUGUUCGAAGACGACGAUUUUGUUCGUAAGAACAAACAGGAUUAUCAACCAUACAUGCGGCGCUCAUUAUCGAACCAUUAAUGGAUGAGAGGAAGAGCUUUGGCGCGAGAGGUUUAAGCUACUCCAACAUCAAAUUUUCCCAUAACUUAUACAUUCCAUGAGUUGUGUUCCAUGUAAUUUUCUUUGUUGCUUUGUUUCUUUUAAUUUCAUGUGCGGUUUUAACCGAAAACUCUUGCCACAUAAAAGGAAUAGAGGGAGAUUCAGAAGGAAAAAGAAAAAAAAAAAAAAAGAAAACAACAAAAAGGAUGAGAAAAUGGGAAAAUCUCUGUUCCAAACUGUAAAUUUUUAUAGUUUUUUUUUUUUGUUUCUCUCUUUCUCUCUCUCUCUAUAUGUGUGUGUGUGUGAACGAAAUAGGAGGGGGGAUAAACCUCAAAUGGUGUAUGCAUUACUUUUUAUUUAUAUUUAUUUUUACUUAAUUUAUGCAAUA